UUUAAAAGAAACUACUUAACCCAGCAUGCAGCGCGAGACGGUGCACUUCCGGGUCACGGUGUUAAAAGCUGUAUUUUUUUGUUUGUUUACCCUCUGUGUUGGGAGCAACAGCUUGAAUAUAAGCCGUUUUCAUCACCCGGUAGCAGCUUCACAGAUGGACGCCUUACACAGACACCGCUCGCUGUACAAAGGAACAACUCCACCAUGGAAGGAGACGUACAGGAAGCGCUGUGUGGACCGGCUGAGGAACAGCCGCUCGAGGCUCCUGGAGAGAUACCGUCAGAGUGCAGAGGUCUGCGGGCCCUCGGGGGCCUCUACCAUCGUACAGGAGGUGAUGGAGGAGGAGUGGAGCUUCCUACAGGAGGAGGACAGGAGGCUGCCCUCCCUGUGGGGGCCUGACGGCCGGGCCGAGAUGUUGGGGCUCAUGAAGGAGUACGAUGAGCUGGCCGUGCUGGAGGAGAUCCAGCAGGAGCUGCGGUCCCAAGAGCUGUCCAUCAUCGAAGAGCUGGAGAGAGACCUGCAGUUUGAGCAGCAGUACAUCAACUGUGUGGUGGAGGGGCUGGAGGAGCAGCAGGACCGCCACAUCAUCUGCCCCCUUUGUCACAUGAACAACUUGACCAUCAACAGCCACUUCGUCUCCUGCUGCUGCGGACUCUACAUCAACACUAAGAAUCAGAACAUCACUCCGGACCUCCUGCGCUGUCUCCUGGAGUCCCGGGUGUCGGAGCACAUGGAGGACUGUCUGCACAACCCUGUCUUCUCUGUCGCCCCCCCCACAGACGGCUCCCCCAGCCUGAUGAUCAGCUGCAAGGUGUGUGACUACCUGUCCAUCGUCCUGUGACCGCAGGCACUGAUGAAAUAAUUUGAUUAUUCUGUACUCUUUGUAUAUUUUGUGUAAUAAAGACUAUUUAUGUUAUAUAUUAAA